UUAUGUGAUUUUAUUGCUUGUCCAAACUUACUUCGUAAUAUUUAUCAUGUGGUAUCUCGUGUGUAAUUAAUUCAGUACACGAGCAUCCCACGACGUUACUUUCAUAAUAUUUUUGCGGAUUAUUAUUAGACGCGUUUAUCGAUAUCAUAUUUCCUUUUGCUCGAAAGAAUUAAUAACGCCGCGAGGAGUCCUCGCAAAAGCGCGGAAGACUUGAUCCUUUUCUAAAGCAAAUAUAGGAGGAUAACAGUGAGAAGAGAGGCGUAUUGGCGCGCCGAUAGGGACGUUUAAAAAAAAGAAAGUCACGAACGCAUGUGCGACGUGUAGCCCGGGGUACUCUGGCAUCAUGAACAUCGAUGAAUUUCGCGUGCGCGGCAAGGAGAUGAUCGAGUACAUAUGCGACUACAUCCGCACGCUGGAAGGCAAGAGGGUGACGGCGAACGUCGAUCCCGGUUACCUGAGACCUAAGUUACCGAAAGAGGCACCCUUCAAGCCGGAAUCGUGGGAUGCCAUCAUGAUGGACGUCGAUGGCAAAAUAAUGCCCGGAAUCACUCACUGGCAGCAUCCACGAUUCCACGCCUACUUCCCGUCCGGCAACUCGUUCCCUUCAAUCCUGGGUGACCUGCUGUCGGACGCGAUCGGUUGCAUCGGUUUCUCGUGGGCGGCCAGCCCGGCUUGCACCGAGCUCGAGACCAUCGUGUUGGACUGGUACGCCAAGGCGAUCAACCUGCCGACCGAGUUCCUGUCGGAACAAAAAGUCGGCGGUGGUGUGAUCCAGGGUUCAGCCUCCGAGUGCAUCCUGGUGACGAUGCUGGCGGCGCGAACGCAGGCCAUCAAGAUGCUGAAGGAGAAGGAAACCAAUAAGGAGGACUCGGCGUUCCUACCGAGAUUGGUGGCCUACUGUUCCACGGAGUCGCACUCGUGCGUGGAGAAGGCGGCGAUGAUAAGCCUGGUGAAACUCCGAGUGCUCGAGCCGGAUGAGAAGGCCGCAUUACGUGGCAAACGGCUCGAAUUAGCUAUCAAGGAGGACGUGGAGAGCGGUCUCGUGCCAUUCUAUGUGUCCGCCACUCUAGGUACCACUGGAUCUUGCGCUUUCGACAAUCUCGUGGAGAUCGGGCCCGUGUGCAAGUUGUAUCCCAAUAUCUGGCUACACGUGGACGGCGCUUACGCCGGUAACGCUUUCAUCUGUCCGGAGAUGAGACCGUUCAUGGACGGCAUCGAACAUGCCGAUUCCUUCAACACGAAUCCCAACAAGUGGUUGCUGGUGAACUUCGACUGCUCCUGUCUGUGGGUGCGCAAUCGAGUGAAGCUCACAUCAGCGUUAGUCGUCGAUCCGCUUUACCUUCAACACGCUCGCUCGGGCGAGUCGAUCGACUACCGUCACUGGGGUAUCCCGCUCAGCAGACGAUUUCGAGCGUUGAAGCUCUGGUUCGUCAUGAGAUCGUACGGCAUCAGCGGCUUGCAGAAGUAUAUUAGGAAUCACAUAAGGCUAGCCAAGAGAUUUGAGACGCACAUGAAGAAAGACAAGCGCUUCGAAAUCUUGAACGAUGUGCGAGUCGGUCUGGUGUGUUUCCGAUUGAAGGAGAGCGAGGAGAUGAAUCAGGAGUUGCUGGCUAAUAUUAACGCUUCCGGUCGAUUGCACAUGAUACCAGCUCGUGUGAUGGGCAAGUAUAUCUUGCGUUUCUGCGUGACCAAAGAGGAUGCGACCGAAGAUGACAUCGAUUAUGCCUUUAGCGUGAUCGAGGAACAUGCUACGGAGGUGAUGCUGGCUCACUACGAGGGCACGGAGGACGAGUACAGAGCGAAAGGCCCGAAGAGUCCGACCGCUCUCGACAAGAAACUCGUCCGGAAGUUC